AUGCAGGAGAGACUACAAACAAUGUGGGCCGACAUUUCUCACAUAGACUACGAUUCUGAACCAACCGAGGAAGAGCUGUUUAACGAGCAUUUGACUUGUGUAGUAUCCAGAGAAUACACGAAUUUUCUACGGUUCUGCUAUCUGCCAAGUGACUGCGAAGACAGAAAGGACCAUUCAUUAUCAACUCUUGGAGAGUGGCUUUUUGUGAACAAAAUAGGAUUGUCUUCAGUGAUUAUGACGGCCUUUUCAUCCUUGACUCUCCGUGACUCAUUGCUAGCGUUGAAAUCCAUUGCACUAUGCAAAGCUUUGUCAGAGAAGUUGGUGGAGUGCUACGAUGAUGAAGUUGGAGUGUACAUGUUAGUAUGUGCAAUACGUUCGCUGCAGUUACAUGGAGCUGAUGAAGUAGCUGGUACACCGCUGAUAGCCUUGGUGUUUCAUCGUCGUUUUUCAAAUUCUCUACCGCAAGUCCUUAUGCAGGUUCCGGAAGUCACGCAGGAAGUUGUGGAAGCAUUUGAUAACAAGGUAGCUCUUAUAGUUGCGUAUGCGCAUACCAUUACCAAAUUUCGGUAGGG